UAGUUGAGUUGGUAGUGGGAAGCUACUACCAUUUUCAUCCAGCUUCCAAUCUCACUAUAAAUAGUAUUGCUCAGCAGCGUUUAGAAUAUCCAAAAAUAUCUUCCUUGCUAACUCCGCCUCAAAUCUUUCAGAAAUGUCUCAAAAUAAGCAGCCAGAUGUCUUUCGUCCAUUGGCAGACUUCCCCCCUCCAGUUUGGAGUGACAGUUUUGCUGCGUUAUCCUCAACUGCAGAUUCGGAUUUUGAAUCAUAUACUAAAGAGGUGGAAACUCUCAAAGGAAUAGUGAAGGAAAUGUUAAUAGAAUCCACAAGGGAUUCAAUGGAGAAUAUCGAAUUUAUCAAUUUGUUAUGCCGGCUUGGAGUUUCAUAUCAAUUUGAGAAUGAAAUUGAUAAACAAUUAAAUCAUAUUUUCAUUGAUCUUCCUCAUAUUCUUGAUCAGAAAGAUUAUGACCUCUACGAAUUGGCACUUUUAUUUCGAGUUUUGAGACAACAUGGAUAUAAAAUGUCUUGUGAUGUGUUUUACAAAUUCAAGGAAAACAAUGGCGAGUUUAAGAAAAGCAUCACCAAUGAUGCGAAAGGGCUCCUCAGCUUGUACGAAGCAACGUUUCUGAGUGUGCACGAAGAAGAUAUUCUUGACGAAGCCCUUGUUUUUACAAGGCAGAUCUUGGAGAUAUUGGCCGAAAAAUGUAACUCAAAUCUUGCUAAACAUAUAAAGAAUGCUCUAUAUCGGCCAUCCCAUCGCGGAAUAGAAAGAAUCGAGCACAGGCUUUUUAUUUCCUUUUACGAAGACGAAGAGUUUAAAAACGAAACACUUCUCAAGUUUGCUAAGCUCGAUUUUAAUCGAUUGCAAAUACUAUACAAGAAGGAGCUUGCUUUGGCCACAAGGUGGUGGAAAGACAUAGAUCUUCCUAAACAGCUUCCGUAUGCAAGAGAUAGACUUGUGGAGACUUAUUUUUGGGCAAUUGGAGCUCAUUUCGAGCCUCAAUUUUCUUAUGCUAGAUUGAUGGUUUUAAUGUAUACAACUUUGGAAACAAUGAUGGACGAUACGUAUGAUGCAUAUGGUACCCUUGAGGAACUGCAACAAUUUACAGCUGCAUUUCAGAGGCUCGACAGAAAUGCUGCUAAUGAGCUACCAGAGUACAUGAAAGUUCUUUACACAGCAUUUUUGGAUCUUUUGGAUGAAUCUGAAAAAAAGAGUAAGGAAGAAGGAAUGUCUUACAGACUAACUUAUUUAAAGGAGGGGUUGAGAGAACUAACGAGAGCCUACUUGCAAGAGGCAAAAUGGUUCUAUGGGGGUAAUGUGCCAACACUGGAAGAGUACAUACGCAAUGGAAUGAUCACUAGUUGUUAUUAUCCGUUAACUGCAGCUUCCUUACUUGGAAUGGGAGAUUUAGUGGGAUUUAAAGAAUAUGAGUGGCUCCAUAAACAACCUAAAAUUAUUGAAGCUGCCAUGUUAAUCUGUCGUCUGAUGGAUGACAUACAAUCACAUGAGUUAGAGCAAAAAAGAGGAGAUUGUCCUUCGAGUAUUGAAUGCUAUGUGAAAGAAAAUGAUGCAUCAGAAAAAGAAGCAGUAGAAGUGAUGCAGAAAAUGUGCGAGAAUGCAUGGAAAGACAUCAAUGAGCAGCGCAUGAAACCAAACGUUGUUUCAGGACUUGUUCUGAAAUUAUAUCUCAAUCUUUCGCGUAUCAUGGACUUUCUUUACAAAUACCAUGAUGCAUACACAUUUUCUGAAUAUGUCAAAGACGACGUAGAGUCAUUGUUCAUGCAAGAACUUCCCAUGUAAGAAUUGAGGUUGAUUGGGUAACUCAUUGCAUCUGCAGCUUCUUGUUUAUUUUUGUGAGAGUUCACAUGAUCUUUGAAUAAGUUGAUUGUUUGUUUAGUUA